AUGGCGGACGACGACUCGAAGCCCGUGGGUUGCCAUGUCGGCGUUGUCGGCACCGGCGCAUUGGGACUUCUUGCAAUAAAGAACCUCAAGGAGCAAGACCUAAAAGUAACCGCGUUUGAGCAAAAUGAUCACCUUGGUGGGCUAUGGCACUUCUCGCCCAGACCAGAUCAAGUCACCGCACUUCCAAUGACUUCUUUCAACACCUCAAAACAGAUGGCGCACAUCACAGAUUUCCCCUUCGCGGAUGAUGAUGCAACACACCCCACUGCGAAAAGUAUUGAACGAUAUCUCGAAGCUUACGCAAAGGAAUUUGAUCUUCUGCCUCACAUCAAGUUCUCCACUAAAGUCAACAAAGUUGAACGAGAUAGCGUCAACGGGAAAUGGCAUGUGUUCGAUCGAGUUGUGCUGGCCACUGGGAUCGUCAACACUCCAAUGAUGCCAGAUAUCAAAGGCAUUGAAAAGUUCGAGGGGGAGGCCAAGCACUCAAUUGAAUUCAAGGACCCAUACAAAUACACGGGCAAAAAUGUCCUGCUUAUUGGGAUUGGGGCUACAAGCGCUGACACGCAGUCCUUUCUCAAGAAGGCAAACGCUCGCUCGAUCACAAUCAGUCAUCGUCAGCAGUUCUAUCUGGUCCCAAAAAUGGUCCAGGGUAACGCUUUUGACCACAGCAUGACGCGCCGUGCCCUCACAAUCUUCCGAAGUCUAGGUGACUGGUGGCCCAGGGCUUGCGCCAUGGUCUUCACAAACGCUUUGGAUAGCGCCCGAAGGAAAGCAUAUCCCUGGCUCAGCAAACAUCCGUCGUUCGUGGCCCCCCGGGUUCUCGCAAGCGCAGAGCAUCGGAUUCCGGUUCUAUCAAAUGACCUCGCUGAGAACUUGAGGGACGGUAUCACUCGUACUGUCCCUGGGGUGAAGGAAGUUACUGGCCCCAAGUCGGUCACUUUCACAGACGGUACAGUUCUAGACGAUAUUGAUGCCAUCAUCAUCUGCACGGGAUACGAAUACGAUUUCUCGGUCAUUAAAGGCCCAGGUGACCCUACCGACCCUGCGAAAGCGCCCGAUCAUUUUGAGCGCAUCAACGCAACUCGAUUCAAGGACCCUCAUGUCCAAUUCGCUCGCUUGUAUCGAGGGUUUCUGUCAGAGGAGUAUCCUGAAUCACUUGCGUUCAUCGGCCACUUCUUCAUCUUGAAGGCGCCAUUUGUGUUCAAUGACCUCGUCACGAUGGCGCUCGCUAGUCUCUGGAGCGGAAAAGUCUCUCUUCCCUCCGCCGACGUGAUGACACAAGACAUAAACAGACACUACGACACCGUUGUGGAUACCCUCGGACGCGGGCCGCUACCCCACCUAGGAUUUAGGAUGUUCGGCAGCGACACUUACAGGUGGUUGAACAAGGUUGCAGGAACCGGAGUGACGGAGAGGGUUGGCUGUUUCAAUAGGGAGGCCUGGAAGCUUUGGUGGAGCGACCGAAAAUUCUACAGCUUGCUCAUGGACGGUGCCGAUUCACCGGCGGUCUACCGGCUUUUUGAGACGUGGCGGGGCCGGAAGGCUUGGCCGGGGGCCCGCGAUCAAAUUUUGAAGGCUAAUAGGGAGGUGAAGGAAAUGGGCGAGGAGUGGAGGAAGAAGAACAGCGCAAAAUCAAAGUAA